AUGAGGUCCCCGAAUGGAUUCUUGCUGUCACAAUGGACUAGAUUACUUGUACUGAAUAGACGCAUUUCCCAUCAUUAUACAUGUAUUCGUUGGAAUCACCUGAGUUCAGAUUCUCAGCAAACAAGACAACAAGUACCCAUAUCACCUGAGAUAUCUGGAGAGAUAGAUGCUAUCGGUAAAAAAUCAACAGAAAAAUCAUUUGAAGGACUUUCUUAUGAUCUUAGUCAACUCCUUGAUGAAGAUACUUUAGUGGGGAAGCAAAAAGAUCAAAAUCAAAGUUCGGAACAACUUCCAAUUGGAAGUAUGAUGGAAUCAUCGAGUGAUUCUGAACCAAUGGAUUUUCAACAAUUAAGCAACUUUAUCAAAGAAGCUUACGAAAAGAAUCCAAACUACAAAGAAAUGGAAAGGAGCCCCAGUGCUAAAAGAAGACAAGUGGAUUAUUUUGAGGCUUUAUUUUCUAAAUAUGGUGGUACACUGGAUCGUGGCAAGAAAACGAAAACAAAGUCAUCUGUUUCUGAUUCUGAACUGGAUAGAAUUUCAUCGCUAAAGGAAAAGCUUAGAGGGGAACUAACCUCGAGAUGUACUGUAGCAUUAGAGCCAACAUUAACCCAUUUCAGGACAUACAAGACAUCACAUGAAUUAUUUCAAACUGCUCAAACAAUCCUAAACAAUUUUGCAAAAAAGUUGCAAAAUGUGGGUAAGAAAACCAGAAAAACAAACACAAGCGAAACAGAUUCAGUGAAACUAACACAAAUAAGAGAAGAAAUAUUUGUCCAGCAUUUGUUUCUGCCAAUAGACAAAAACAGUUGGUUGGAUGUACAUGAAGAAUACGUUAAUAAUGUCGAAACACAAUCAAGAUUAUCACCUGAAAAUCCUAUUUGUGAUGUAAUAACCUUACCUAUUAUUUUCAACGAGAUAAUAGAUUGCUUGGCUUUUAAAUUCAAUCAGGGACAGUUGGCGAUGUCAUUAUUUGAUUUGAUCGAGAAGGAUUUCAGUUUUCAUACAAUUGCCGUCAACCAAGAUACCUAUAAUUUGAUAUUACGUCUUGUUUGGGUAUAUUAUGGAAACACCAACUUGGACCAAUUUUACAGAAGAUAUCACAGAAUGACUUCAUUAGGAUUCACUGGCGAUGUGAAAACCCUAAAUAUUUUAAAAACUGUCUACAAUGAGUAUGACAGAUUGAAGAACGGGAAACUGAUUUUUAAUAACAGUAAUAGUCCAAUUUAUACUCCAGAGGACAAUAUAAGAAUGGAGUAUUUUGAAAAGGAAUACAACAAAUUAAAACGCAGACUUGAACACGGGGUACAACACAAGGAUUUUAUGUUAAAUAAUUACUAA